AAAACAAAGUGAGUAAAAAACUAUAACGCAUACGUGCUCAUUAGAGAAACGCGUGUUAAUUUAUACCAUAUGCCCUACUACUGCCAAACACCGGUAUCGACUUAAUUAUCAAUAUGACUUUAGCGGGUGAGUAAGGUUGACAAAAAGUGAACCGCGUUCGGUGUUUUACAACUGGGAAACCAGUUAUUACAAUCGUUGCCAAUACAACUGGUGUUGUAGGUCACCAAAAGUUUUAGCGUCUUUUAUCCUAUGCGGUAACGGAAUGUCAGUGUCAACGGUCGUGCGCCGUCGCUUCCCAGGCGACGAGGAGCCGAUAUAUGACGACAUAACGAUGACGCCAUCGUCAGGCGCCAGGGCUUCCGGAACUGGAUCAUCAACGUCGAGAUUAUCGUUCGGUAGAGACAACAAGCCCUUUGUACACGUCGAAGUACCGAAGGGUGUCUGGGCGCUUUUGUCAUUAACAUUUGCCUGCUCUAUCACACUGCUCUAUGUCAAUGUUGACAUACGCGCGAUUAAUAUUGACGAGUUCAAACAGAUCAAGAAUAUCACAGUGAAUCAGGCAGCCAGCUACGCGGGAUUAGAGCACUGUGGGUCAAGUCCAGUUGCGUGGUUACAUGGUAAGGGCCUUGAAAGCGGGCAUCUCCGUCACGUAAUCGAUGGGUUCCAACGUGCUGGAUAUCGGGUAGAGACACGUAAACCUUCCAAAUGGGAUGUCCUAUGGUCUCAUGAAUACCCCUUUGGCGAUCUUGGUUAUGAAAUUAAUAAUCUAACGCCUGGCCAGAGGGUCAAUCAUAUCCCCGGAACGGGGUAUAUCACUAAUAAGGUCAGUCUGGCUACAGGAAGCACGACGAAGCAUAUACCCAUUGCAUUUAAAUUACCCCGCCAGAAACAAGACUUUCUUACUUACGCUAAGAACAAUCCGAAGACUCUCUGGGUACAGAAAUCAAACAGUCAUCGCGGUAUAGUGGUCAAGACUGCAGAUGAGGUCGAUUUUCAUCUUGAGGAUACCUUCGUACAAGAGUUUAUAAAAAAUCCGCUACUUAUCGAUGGUCACAAAUUUGACAUAGGAGUGUAUGUGGUCAUGACAUCGGUGAAGCCUCUCCGAGUGUACAUUUUCGAGGGUGAUAUUCUGCUACGUUUUUGUUCGAAGUCCUAUAAGCUUUCUCGCGACCCGGACACAUACGUGGUAGGAGAUAACUAUUUACCUAUUUGGGAAGUACCGUCUCUGAAAGCGUUCUUCACAAAACAUAGGUUUUCAAUGAAAGACAGUUUAAACAUGCACUUGCGUCAGAGUGGUCUAAAUCCUGAUAAGAUUUGGAAUCAGAUUCGUGAAGCUGUGUCAAGUGUGUAUUUCGAAAAGCAACGAGACAUUGAAAAAGCUUCGAGGCGCUUUUUAUCGACUACGCCCUUCUUCGAGAUGGUCCGCUUUGAUUUUCUGGUUGACAGCCAACUAAACGUACAUCUGCUUGAGGCAAACAUGUCCCCCAAUCUGAGUUCGGCACACUUCAAGCAAAAUGCUCGUCUGUACGAACAAGUCAUCUAUAAUAUGCUGUCUGUGACCGGGAUAUCGACUCCUCGUUCAUCAUUCCAUCAGGGUCACUCCGGGAUGGUCGUGUCCGAUCAGGACCUUGUCGUGUAUCCAGGACAAUGUGUGGCCGAUUGUGCUGGUGAUGGCAAUUGCCGUUCAUCUGAACUUUGCGCACUUUGUGCCACCUGCUGGGAGGACGACACAAAGGAGGCGCUUAUAUUAGCCUUCAACGAACACAUAAAUCGCGGUAAAUUCCGUCGCCUCAUACCCCUUCCGGAUCGGGACCCAGCUGACAGUGAUUUUAUGAAGCAUCCGUAUAACCGGCUGAUGUAUCUUUGGUUUAAGGGGAAAUGCCAACUUGACGAAACCUUCUGUAGCUAGACAUCGUCCGAUGUUGGUAAU